AUGAUUGCCACAGACGUCAUCCGCGACCUGCGUGAAGACCCUGACAAGGUUUGCGGACACGAGGACCACGUUGUGCUCAAGCUUGAAAAACCGUGGCUAUCGUCAAUGUCCUCCUCGUCUUCAUCUUCGACACCGAAACUCCCGCUAGGUCUGUCUCGCAACGACAAAGGCCCCCUCAUCACCACUACCGCCGACGCGUUCGUCGAGAACCGUGGUUUCCUCAGCGACCACCGUGUGGUUGCUGCGCUGUUCGGCUGUGCUUCGUUUGACGAGUGCCGGCCGUUGGGCACAGCAGCGCGACUUGUACUGUACAAAGUCAAGACGCUCGUGAUCGUCCGUAACCGCGACUUUGUCCGCACCCUGAUCGAUUUGUGCCGUUCUGUGGAAACACUCGUCCUGCAUCAUGACCUGCGACUACAGAUGCCAGAAGAUGGCUGGGGUGACAUUGGCAAGGCUCUUCCGCAGCUGAAGCGGCUCAUCGGCAGCGCGCCACCGUUGGGGUCGCGCAACUUGUUUCUAACUGUGUCAGCUACAGACAUCUUGACACGAGGUCCUGAGCCCAGCCAAUCCGCUGGAGUUAUGCCAAGACGCAAGAAGCGCACAACCGUCCCUGGCACGUCGGAGGGUGCACCCAAGAGUCCCGAAAAGGAAAAGACAACCGUCCCUGACACGUCGGAGUGUGCACCCAAGAGUCCCGAAAAGGAAAAGGGGAUCCGAGAGGAGCCUGACUUUCCCGAUGACGCACUAGAGAUGCUCAUUUCCGCUGUAGACACCAUUGUGCUUUGCGUGGACGAGGGCAAGCUGAUUCAAGUCCCGGAAGGCUGUGCCUCCAGUCUAGACCGCAGGCGGGUGUACACCAACCCGAAGACUCUGGUGGCUCGCAAAGAGGCACUUGCGAACAUGGGCGUCUCGGGUGCCGUGUUCGCCGGCUGUGCCCCGUUCUCUUCAUCAAAGCCUUACCGUCGCGCCGCCAUGUUGGUUCUGGCGACGGCCCGCUUUCUGUACAUCAUCCACAACAAGGACAACGUGUGCAAACUGGCGAGCUGGUUUUCGGCGUGUACCGACUUGAUGCUGCCACAUAAUCUGAACUUCCGCAGCAUCUGCAGUCGACAAGACUGUGAAGGCCACAGCGCAAGAAAGUCAUCCCUAGAGCGGAUCAAAGGCGAUGCACCAGCAUUAGGGUCGACCAGCCUGGAGUUGGACAAGCAGCUUCUCUCCGAAUGUCUCCUGAUGCUGCCCAAGAUAGUAUCUGUCCAUUCCGCCUUGGACGCGGUGCUUCACAAUUGGGAUGUCGUCUCAUCAGACGGAGUGGUUCUGGAUGACAUGAAGACUGCCUACUUGUCCAAAUGUCCUGAAGUUGUCCUGGGAGGCUGGCGCGAGCUGCCCGGCUUGGCCCGAUCCCACAGAGAGACCGGCGUCGCCGAAAUCGAGCGUGCCAGGCGUUUCUGCCCAGCUGUCAGGAAACUUGAGGUGGUGUUUGCGGAAAAGCAGGCUCUGUCUGCAGUCCUCGAUUAUAACCAUCUCACUAGCCUGUCCCUCAAGUAUGCCGGGGAGGGUAAGUGCGACGCAGUGGAGACCGGGCUAUUGAAGACCAUCAAGAAGUUGGUCCACUUGGAGCAACUGAACCUGCAGCUCUUUAGCAACAUCGACCUGCGCGAGAUUGCCGAAAACUGCCCGAAACUUGUGGACCUCUGUUUGUACGGCUGCACUCCCCUCCCUGAUCACGUUAUUGACGAGGAGCUCCUGCCGAAGAACCUCGUGUCUCUUUGCAUGGAACUGCCUAUCCCACAUUUUGAGGGUACACUAACGUUCCUUACGCUUGUCGAGGUAAAUCGGGAGACCCUAAGUGACCUUCGACUGGAUGGUGAUGCAGCGUCCAGAGCAUUUCUCGACACGUGCUGCAUGAAGCUGUUUCCGAGACUCCGGCGUCUGACGUUGAACACGAGCAGUUCGAUUCGUGAACUAGGCAUCCUGCCAAAGAACCUGCAUGACGCCGUGAAGCGCAUGCCCGCGCUAAAGUUUCUGGUCACCGACAGCUAUGACCUACGACUGUUCUUCGAAUACUAUGUGCCCUCUGUCUUGAUUUCCUGGUCCGUGUGCACGGUUUGCAUGGUCGAGCGGUCAAGGCAACAGUUAGGAGAUGGAUGAAUAUUGUCAAUAUCGAUAUCUACCUUCAUGGACGUUUUCCGUCAUGAUUGUUGCAGUUUUUAUUUGUAUUUAACUACAUUUGCUACGCAAUUGCAGAUAAUACUCAUACAGAAGUCUGCAUUGCCACCGUGCUGGAAACCUGUGUUGCUCAGCGUUUAAAACAGGAUACUGAGAGUGUGUCUGUCGUGGUGCUAAAGGUGCGAGCUUUUGUGACACAUGGUGACUGCAUCUGGCUAACAACCAUUCACUCUGCCGUUCUUUGUGGCGCAGGCGGAAUGCUGCUUGCCAAAGCUUCGAAACGCUGCGCUAGUGUGCUGCACUGAGUGAAACGUCUUGAAGCGGUGGGCCUUCACAAGAAAGGAUUGCCGUGCUCUCUAGGAGUCAGCGAGAACCACUGACUGAAUGACUGUUCGCCGGAUGCAGUAACCAUGCGUUACUGCAUGGCCCUCGCUGUCACCUUCACAGGGAUCAGCCAUGCACAGCGAGUGCAGCGUUUCAAUUGCAGAUCACUAUACGUAGGGUCACAUCACACAUAUCGCAAAAAGAAUGCCUGCUUGUCAUGCAUACAUUGCAGCAUUAGGAAACAUUCAUGGUCAGCUGUGGUGUUCAUGUAUGCGUUUAUCGAUAAUGGAUUUCUUCUGUCUUUUUACCAGUGAAGCUGGCGGUAAGACGUUGGCUAACGAAGGCGCCGCCGAGCCACCGCUAUGCAACCACCACAGCUGUGUACAGAUCAAUAUUUAUGAAAAGGAACGCGUGCGGCCUGUGCUCUGUGGUGACUGCCUACAGUACCAUCAGCCCAUAGAUAAAGAAAGCGCAUGAACUUUUGGGGGCAUUGCUCGUUGCGAGACCAGAGCGGGAGCACAAUUUAUAAGCGCUUGUCCAACAGUCAUGGCUUAAUUGUUUCGUUUGCAAACGGAUGACGCGAACAUCGGUCGCACUUUCUCUAUUUGUCGGUUGAUGGUGCUGUAGGCAGCCACGACAGAGUGCAGGUCACGUGUUUGCAUGUCCCUUUUCAUAAAAAGUUCACUGUACGUGCACUCUCAUUGAAUUUAUGCCGUGGCGGUAGGCCGCUCAUCGGCGCCUCCGCCCAGCGCGGGUGUCACGUGACAAAAACAACUCUCACGAGGUGUUCAUGUGCCUGCCAGCUCGCGCCCUGUUUGUGGCUUGUUCCGGCCUGAUGCUGGCAUGGGAGGGUACAAUGUCUGGUCACUUUGACGACGCCCGUGUGGAGAGGAAGUAGAGAAAGAUUUUGCUACACAUGGCUGCUGCCAGGUUUUGCUGGGCCCAAGCUUGGCUAAUUUUUUGCUCUUUCACGAUCAUCCCAUCAACUGCUUCGCUGUCUCUCGAGCUUUUUGCAGCAGUGCAAAUGUUUUUUUUUUGUUUACUAAUGUGUUGGAAGACCUGAACAUCGUGGCAAAGAACCUGCCCACGUUGAAAUGCUCGGGUGCGGAAAUGCCUCGUUGUUUUUUUAUACUUGUGUUCCUGGAGGGCUCCACCUAUGUCCGUGGUUAAUUUCACGUUUCAGCUUUUUUUAUUCCACCGCAGCCAUAAUUUUCAAUUCUGACAUGCUGGCACAUAAGAAGUGGCCGUCAUGUUCUGCACAAUUCUUCAAGAAACUCUAUAGAUUUUGUUCGCUUUUAUAAUACCUAUUCUGGUACAUAUAUUUUUGUCAAUUUUGGAAAUAUGACAAAGCAGUUUGUAGUGUUUUUUUUAUUAUAGAUACUAUUGACAUUUGUUUGUGCUGUUGAAUGACUGUCGUCUUCAAUUUGGUUCUAUUUUGUAGUAUAAAUACGAGCACUAUAAUUCUUGUCAACAUUCGAAAUACCAUGCCGACAUCAGUCAGUGGUGUCUUGUUCUAAUGGAGGCAGAGAUGUUUGUACUUUGAAUAAGCUUCAUCUAUACGCUGAAAUUAAAACAUGAACUGUAUACAAAGACCGAACAA